AUGACAGAAAGUGAUAUAAGCUUUUAUAGUAUCACGCGGCAGACCUGGAUGACAUCCGCCUCUGUCAUGGACACUGAGCAAGACGCGUCUAUUCAGACAACUGCAAUCUCUAUGCCCUCGACCGCCGUCCGUACCGAGCCCACCACUGCGGCUGUCAAUGGCACGUCCACAGAUAGGUUUCGUGAACUGCCCUGCCAAUGGGCUGGAUGCAAUGAGACAGUUUUCACUGCCGAGGCCUUAUAUGUAAGCUUUUCGACGGAUCAGUGGCCCCCGAAAUUUCUAACUGUGAUUAUAACACAGGAGCACAUCUGCGAGGGGCAUGUUGACCGUAAGGCCACUCGCAACCUCAGCUUGGCCUGCCGAUGGGAUAGCUGCAAUGUUACUGCUGCCAAGCGGUACCACAUUACCUCCCAUGUUCGGGCUCAUUUGCCGUUCAAGCCUCACAAAUGCCAUUUGUGUGGCGACUCUUACAAGCGCCCCCAUGAUUUGAAGAAACAUGUCAAGACUCAUACGAAAGACCAGGAGAUUCGAUCUGCUGAGAUGGGCAUGAAGCAAAAGGAUAUUAUAUUCUCUCAGAAUCAGGAGAUCUAG